AGGAAAAAAAAAAAGCAGGAACUUCACAAGCCACCCCUUGUACUUGUUCUGCUGCGAAGGCUGGCGAGGGGUGUGCCUUCGGGAAAAUGAAUACAAAUCUGCAAUUGAUUUUCAUAAUGUUUCUGCGGUGUUUGCAAACCAAUCGUUUGAACCUCUGAGAUCUUACCUAAGUGAACCACUCCUACGCAUCUAAGUGCUCCAAACUGAUAUAUGACAAUAUCUACUUUGGAUCACGUGCCCGCCGGAGCGACUAAGACGGAUAGCGCGUCAUCUCGCCUUCCCAAAUUUUUUCCCCUCCGCGCCUCGGAUCCAAAACAUCGAGCUAUAGGAGCGAGAAAAGGAGAAAGAAAGAUGUUUAACUCGGUGAACCUGGGCAACUUCUGCUCCCAGUCGCGUAAGGAGAGGAGCGCUGAGUUUGGAGAAAGGGCAGGUUGCGCUUCUAAUCUCUACCUCCCCAGCUGUACCUAUUACGUCCCCGAAUUUUCAACUGUGUCAUCUUUCUUGCCACAGGCCCCCUCUCGCCAAAUCUCCUACCCUUACUCCGCCAACCUCUCGCAAGUGCAGCCCGUGCGAGAGGUCUCCUAUGGCUUAGACCCCUCGAGUAAAUGGCACCACCGAAGCAAUUACGCCUCGUGUUAUUCCGCAGAAGAUCUGAUGCAUAGAGAGUGCAUCCCGCCUUCCACCAUGACCGAAAUGCUAAUGAAAAACGAGAGCGUGUACAGCCACCACCACCACCCCAGCUCCAACCACCCGGCGUCGACGGGAUUCUACACCAGCAUGAACAAAAACACUGUCCUGCCCCAAGGUUUCGACCGCUUCUUCGAAAACGCCUAUUGCGGGGGGGAAAACCCACCCGAGACCUGCCUGCAGAAGGGUGAGGGCAAAGUGGAGGCAGAGUCCCAACCCCACGCACUGUCAUCCCGCGGAGAGCAAGGGCUAGACCCGGAAGAUGAGGAGGAAAACACAAACCCAGGCUCUUCAGCCUCGUCCUCUUCUGUCACCAAGGAAGGAAGCAAAAGCAGCAAUUCGAGUGCUCCCAGAACGAGGAAGAAGAGAUGCCCCUACUCGAAAUUCCAGAUCAGAGAGCUAGAGAGAGAAUUUUUCUUCAAUGUCUAUAUAAACAAAGAAAAGAGGCUCCAGUUGUCUAGGAUGUUAAAUCUCACUGACCGACAGGUUAAAAUUUGGUUUCAGAACAGAAGAAUGAAAGAAAAAAAAUUAAGCAGAGACCGCCUGCAGUAUUUCUCUGGAAAUCCCUUGUUGUGAACAUCUUUUGCAAUCCCCUCUGCUGGCGAAGUGUAUGUGUAUCGAGAGGAACAGUUGCGAGCACGGGUCUGCCCUUUGAGUCGACAAAGCAACCUCAAAGUUUAAGCCUUUUCGUUACUUUUAUCUCUAUGUCUGGGACAGUGCUGAGUAACAAAAGGAGUGAGAUUUUCUUUCAGUUCCCGCUUCAAGGACUUGGAUUCCACGAACAUUUUAUUUAACUUUUUUUUUCUCUUUUUUUUUUUUUUUUCCUGAACAGGUUGGGAUUCCCUUUUUUUUUAUUAUUAUUAUUUUUAUUGUUGUUAUU